ACAAAAUCUUAAAUAGAUAUCCGUAUGAAAAAUCCCAUCCUUAGCGGCUGCCCGAUAAAUACUGCAGCGUCCCAUCGUUCCCAUCACCGGAGAAACCCUCCUCCAUGGAAGCCACUCCUUCCUCUUACCAUCAACACACGCUGCCUCCUUCCAGUUCCCACUAUCCGUAUCACCAUCCGCCGCCGGCCGAUGAACCCCUGCCGACGUACUUUCAUUCGCAGCAUCCGCUUCAACCUCCGGUCUCCCGCUACGCUCUCCCGCAUCCCCCUCCCCCUACCCAUCACGAUGAAGUCCGGACCCUCUUCAUCGCUGGUCUUCCCGACGACUGCAAGUCACGGGAGAUUUAUAACCUCUUCCGAGAAUACCCUGGCUACGUGUCGUCCCAUCUUCGGAGCUCCACUGAUUCCUCUCGACCAUAUGCAUUUGCUGUCUUCGCUGACCAGCAGUCUGCGGUUGCUGCAAUGCAUGCUUUGAAUGGCUUGGUUUUUGAUCUUGAGAAUAAUUCAACUCUUUACAUUGAUCUUGCGAGGUCCAAUUCCAAAUCUACUAAACACCAAAUAAAAGGUGUUGGGAGCAAUAUACACAUGCCUGGAAAGGUUAAUUCUGCUUACAGCACAUAUGAUUAUCCUUCUACACAAAGUCAUAUUAGCUUUCACUAUGAUGAAGCUCAUGAAGUGGACCCAAAAAAACUGACUUCUUCAAAAACUUAUGCUCUUCAAAAUAAUCCUCCUUGCCCUACACUUUUUGUGGCUAAUCUUGGUCCAACUUGUUCUGAGCAAGAGCUGACAAGCAUCUUUUCCAAAUACCCAGGCUUUUUAAAAUUGUUGCUGCAAAAGAGAAACGGGGUUUCUGUUGCAUUUGCUGACUUUCAGGACAUUGCUAGCUCAACUGAAGCCCUCAACAGCCUGCAAGGAACCUCGUUAAACACCUCAUCUGGGGACCCCCUGCGCAUAGAGUAUUCAAAAUCACGCAUGGGCUUGCGCAAAAGGGAUAGGCGAUGAAGGAGCCUGGCAAGUCCUUCUGAGCUUUAGCAUCCCUGCUAUUUAGCCUAUAAGCUUUAUCAAUUUUGAUUGGCAUUGAAUUUGAAUUGAAUUUUGUGAUAUGUUGAAAUGUGUUUAUGAAUUUAAUGGAUGUAUUUGUUCAUGUUUUAAUUUGUGUGAAUGUAUGGAUGUAUAUAUAAAUAUGUUG